AUGCCAUUGCCCGUGAUUCCAGAAGAAGUCGCAGAUUCGGAAGAAGACGCAACCAUGAUGGACAUGAGGACUAGCCUCUCGAACUUUUGGCGCCCCUAUCUCGAGAGGAUUUUAGAACGACCCAUAGCCAGCGGAUUCUAUGAGGUUGUCCCAAAACCAGAGCUGAAGCCGAAAUUUACCUGUACUGCGCGACCAGCGACGAUGACGACGACGCCGCCGCCGCCGCCGCAGGAGCCAGGGGAGUUGGACAUGACUGCUUGUAACCUCCGGACGUGCCGCAUGCUCUCGAGAGAAAUUGUAGUCGUGAUCUCGGAGCUGCAGAAAUGGAUCGAAGCCCAUGUCCGGAUCUGGACUACCUUCAGUCUGCUCCACAAAGGCUGCCAUUCAAUUGAUGCAAAAUUAGUCCAACACCUCUCCACCAGAUGGCUGGAGCAUGAUAAAGCAGCGCAGAAACUGUUAGAGCAAGUCAAGGCCGAGAGGGACGGCUGGUUCGAGUUCAAGAGUCGCCCAGGUAUUGCGGGGAGAUUUCAGAGAAUGGUCUGCGGCCCUCCCGACAUGGGCACGUUGUGCAACCAAGCAUCUAACGAGCCAGCUCGCCGGUUCGCCCAACUGAACAAGGCUUAUGUGCAGAUGGAGGCCUUGGCCGCAAUGGUCAAAAAGAAUGUCUGUGCCUUGUACAUCCUUCAAGCAGAGCGCUAUGCCGCCAUACUGGACAGCAAACCGGACUUCUUCGCGCUUGAAGACGCUGGACAAGUUGGCAUCGACCUGGAAAGGAUUAAGGCAGUGUGGGAUUCCAGAAACGAGGCAAUAUUCAGACAGCGUAUUGAGAAGAUGCUGAGGGGAAGAAGCGACAUCUCGAUCACGAUGUGGACAAUCCAGACAAGAUCCUGA